AUGUUAUCUUCACAUGCAGCUAUCUUUCUGGGUCUCUGUAUCUUUUUACCAAGCUUGACUUCGGCAGGCCAUUCACACCCACCUCAGACUGCAGAUAUGUUUUGGCGUUGGCAAGAUAAAGGAGACUCAGAUCCAAGUCAUCACAAUAUCUUCACCGGUAAAGCUACAGCUACCUGGACUAGAACCGAAAGCUGUUUAAAGAGAGACGCGUACGAAGAUAUGCACCCAUUUAUCACUGGCACGCCUGUGACUAUCAAGGCGGUGACCAUCAACAAUAGUAAAGAUUACAUGGAUCCAAACAGCGUUUAUAAUUGGGGACAUGCGAGACACUCCACCUCUAUAUACUGUAACGCGCAUUCGAGGACUGACUUCUGGAUUUACAGAGCUGGAGAUCGAUCACAAGGGAUGAAGAUCCGAUUUCCUGAUAUUUGUACCGAUAAAGACUGUCCAGGUCCAGACAAAGAGAUACCAAAUGUUCAAUGUCUGAAUGGUCCAAAAGGAAGGCUCGUCAUGUACCGUGACAAGUGGAUCAAUGAAUGCAUCGAUCCUUGA